AUGCACGAUAAGAGUGGAUGGUUGUUAGACAAGAUUGACGAUAAGCCAACACCCAAUUUGGAUGCUUUCAUUGAAGUGAUGAAAGGAAUUCCUGACCGCCAAAAGGUCACUAUUACGUACCGUCACUUGUCGGACUUGCAUACCAAAAACCUUCAUGUUGCCUAUAUUGAGAGACAUUGGCAAUCUGAGUUCCGUAUUGCUACUAGAAAUGAUGAGACAGGUCUUUGGGACUUUAAAUCUUUACAAGAUAAACCUUUAGAACCCUUGCCCAUCAAGCCAUGUCAUGCUAAGUUUGUUGACAUUCCUAUUCCUCUGGAGAAGAAAAAAGGAUGUGCGUCACUCUCAAGAUCAUUUGUUCAAGUUAGAACUUUCUGUCCAAUUCCUGUGGACAGUUUUCCAUAUAGAAAGGACACAGGAUAUGGUGUUGUUAUUGAUGCUGAAAAUGGAUAUGUUUUAGUAUCCCGCAGAUUCGUACCUAACGAUGUUUGUGACAUAUACCUCAUUUUCGCCGAAUCUAUGGACAUUCCAGGAAAGGUGGUGUUUUUGCACCCAAACUUGAACUAUGCCAUUGUAACAGUACGAUGCCUCUCUCGUUUUGGCUGA